CUUACAAGUUACCCUUCCUACACACUAUCGAUGACCAAAGUCCAUCUUCCUUAGAAAUGGACUUCUCUCAUAAGAACUCGAACCCUAACCCUAAUUACACCUGCUUCUCUGGAAACUCUGAUCCGGUGGCGGAGCUCGAGCUCUCGGAUUAUCUCAUUCUCGAUGAUGGCUUCUUCGAGGAAGACAAUUUGUCGCAAAGUAUGGCGUCAUCGGAGAAGGGCAUAGGCGGCGCUAAUGUAGUUAGUGGUGCAACAUCAAAAAAUACUAACAUAAAAUCCAAAAGUGAAGAGAAGAAAAACAAGUUGGAACUGGGACAUCGAGUUGCAUUUAGAACGAAAUCAGAGAUAGAAGUCAUCAAUGAUGGAUAUAAAUGGAGGAAAUAUGGGAAAAAGCUCGUCAAGACCAGCCCCAAUCCAAGGAACUAUUAUAAAUGUUCAAGUGAAGGAUGUAAUGUGAAGAAGAGGAUAGAAAGGGACAGAGAUGAUAGAAGUUAUGUGAUAACUACCUAUGAAGGUGUUCACAAUCAUGAUAGCCCAUAUAUGCUUUGCUAUAAUCAAAAGCCUCUUAUGGCUCCUAAUGCUUGGACCUUACCAGCUUCUCCUCCCUCUUCUUCUUCUACAUGAAAAGGAAAAAAAAAGUACUUUUACAUUCUUCUUCAUCGUCUUCUCCUUACCAUGUAGCUUAACAUAGCCAUCUACUUGAAAGAUAUUUUUCAUGAUAUAUAUGUGUAUUAUACAUAUAAAUGCUCUUGAGAGAGAUUAGUUGACCUAAUUUGUCACUAUGUUUUUUGGGCUGAACAGUUAUAACUCAGCCCCUAGAAGAGGGGAUCCACCUCCUUCAAACCCACUUUAGGGACAAUAAAAUGGGACUGGGCCAAGCUAGUGAAUUGACUUUAAGUCGUCUUUGUUGUUUUUAAUAUUAUAAUUUUAAUUUCCAUCUUUGUUAUCAGAUCUACUUUUUAUUGGUAUAUUAAUAUAUAAA